AUGUCUGGAUCUUACCAGAUCAUCGAACACGAUGUUCCACAAUCAUAUCGGUAAGAUUUUUAAAUUUCAAAAAAAACAUCCGAAAAAAAAAUUUCAGUGACAAAAUUCUGAAGUGGAAUGGUUGGGGAUAUACGGAUUCGCAAUUUACGAUCAAUAAAAAAGGAAAUGUUUCGUUCACCGGUGAUAAGUUAGUUUAUAAAGGGGCGUGGCUAAAGUGCAACGCUCGCAAACUUUUUAGACCACCCACGAAGGAUAGAAAAGUGUGCGGUGGUUGCGAUAGGCCACGCCCAUUUCUAAAACCAAUACUAGAUUUUCUUUCAUCACCGCUUCAAAAUAACACAAUUUUGUUCGAAACUUAAAGGGACAAAAAAUUAUAGAGAAUACCUUGAAGCGAAAUUUUCCAAUAAUUCCAGUUCCUCAUUCCAGGUAUGACAUUUCUGGUCAAGAAAUGCCAGCAUUCCGCGGUUGGUUCGAGAACUAUCUCGGAAUCGAUCUGAACUUCACAACACCGGCUCAAAAAUUGUCGGAUGUGAAGAUCGAUGCGCCAGUCGAGAAUGACGAUAUUCUCGAAUAUUUGAAAGAGAAAAACAUCUCGUUUUCGAAUGCGCCAAGAAUUCGAUUGAUUCGUGGACACGGACAUACUGUGCAUGAUAUGUUGAAUUUGAGAGAGGGAAAGAUUCCGAGACUUCCGGAUGUUGUGGUUUGGCCGAAGACUGAGAAGGAGAUUAUUGAGGUAGGUACGGGUGGGCUGAGUCGGGGGCUUGAUUUUUUUUUAAAUCAAAAAGCCGACCUGACCAGAUUUCGCUUCGGGAAUUCGGUCAGCCUGGUCCGAUUCAGCUAGUCUAAAAUUUGAUUCCGAUUUCUAGAUAGAAGUCAUCGGGAAUCGGACAAGCUUAGAUUUUCAGGAUGUCUGAAUCGGACCAUCAAGCCAUUUCUUAACAUUUCCCUUUUUCUAGAUUGUCGAAGGAGCAAUGAGCCAUAAUUGUGCAAUAAUCCCAAUCGGUGGUGGAACUUCAGUCUCAAACGCCUUGGAUUGUCCAGUUACCGAACAACGCGCAGUCAUUUCAUUGGACAUGGCUCUUCUCGACAAAAUUCUCUGGAUCGAUCGAGAGAAUUUGACAUGUCGUGCACAAGCCGGAAUCGUUGGGCAAAACUUUGAGAGACAAUUGAAUGCCAAAGGAUUCACAUGUGGACACGAACCGGAUUCGAUUGAAUUUUCAACAGUCGGCGGAUGGGUUUCGACAAGAGCGAGUGGAAUGAAAAAGAAUAAAUAUGGAAAUAUUGAGGAUCUUGUUGUUCACAUCACUUUCGUCACACCGAAAGGUGUUAUUCAGAAACAAUGUCAAGUGCCAAGAAUCUCUAGUGGACCCGAUCUUCAUCAAAUCAUUUUGGGAUCUGAAGGAACUUUGGGUGUUGUUUCCGAGGUUACUAUGAAAAUCUUCCCACUUCCUGAAGUUAAAAGAUACGGAAGUUUUGUUUUCCCAAACUUCGAGAAUGGUGUCAAAUUCUUCCGUGAAGUCGCCAGACAACGGAUUCAACCAGCAUCGCUCAGAUUAAUGGAUAAUGAACAAUUUGUGAUGGGACAAGCAUUGAAGGUACUUACAUUCAAAUGUGUAUAUUUUCAAAGACUUGUGAAUUCCAGAUCGCCUCUGAUUCUUGGUGGCAUUCAUUAAAGAGCACAGUGUCUAAACUCUAUAUCACUUCAUGGAAAGGUUUCCGUGUUGAAGAGAUUUGCGCAGCGACUUGUGUUUAUGAGGGAAGUCUUGAGGAGGUCAAUGAACAUGAGAAACGACUCAAUGCUUUGGCGCAAAAGUUUUCGGGAGUUGUUGGAGGAGAGGAGAAUGGACAAUACGGUUAUCGCCUCACUUUUGCUAUCGCCUAUCUUAGAGUGAGUUAGGGUAACUUAAAAGUUAAGAUAACAAGAAAAUUUGCAGGAUCUCGGAAUGAAUCACGGAGUUCUCGGUGAAUCAUUCGAAACAUCGGUUCCAUGGGACAAAGUUCAAACGUUAUGUCGAAAUGUGAAAGAAUUAAUGAGAAGAGAGGCGAAGAAUCAAGGUGUACAACAUCCGGUUUUGGCGAGUUGUCGAGUGACACAAGUUUAUGAUGCUGGAGCAUGUGUUUAUUUCUAUUUUGGAUUUAAUGCGAGAGGUUUGGAGAAUGGAUUGCAGGUUUAUGAUCGAAUUGAGGUGAGUGUUAUUAAAGGCGGUCAGACAGCUAUUCCGGUUGAGCACCCACGAAGCUUCUGACUUAAACUUGAACCAAAAAAAAAUAAAAAUUAAAUAUCGAAGAAAUAUAAGUUCUUCCCGUACGCAAAAGUGCGUCACAGUGUUUGCACAACUCUCGGAGGCAAUUUGAAAUAUAAAUAAGUCACAACUAUUUUUGUAAGCUAUUUUUGACACCAAGCUUCGAGGAAAACGGAAUAAAUUGUUUAGCAACUCAGGAGAACGACCGCGAUAUCUGCGCGAAACGCGAACCCCAGAAGUCCGCUAAAUCGCCGCGCAUCCGCCGCGGUUUAGCGGUGUUGUUACAGCGUUUCGCGUAAAUUUCGCGGUUUCAUUAUCGCGUUUCGCGUAAAUUUCGCGGUGUCCUCUCAAUUUCAAAACAAAAUGUCAUCAUGAUCGAUCCUCACAUUCAGGUGAUCAUCAUUUCAUCAUUUGUAUUUAUCACACUCACCCAACCUCGAACCCACAACCUCUCACCUCGAAUACAUUUGUUUUACCCACUUGACCAUGCGCGCACGUGACGCGAAUAGCGAAAAUGUUUUUUAUAUACCAUGCUACUGCGCGAAAAUGUCGCGAAACGCUCCAAUUCGGCGGAGGAAGCCCGCGAAAUUUCCGCGAAACGCGAAGUUCCCCGCAAUUCGCGCAAAUUUCGCGACGUCCAGUCGACCGAGGCUCAGAUUGCGCGAGGUUUGUGCGAAACGCGUUAUUCUCCCGCGAAGGUUGAGCGAAUCGCAGAGACCCCGCUUUUCGCGCAGAUUUCGCGGUCGUUCUCCUGAGAAGAUCUCUGGGAACUUAUUACGUGGAAAAAUGCAAAAGCCAGGCUAGGUUCAAGCUCGGACCUACUUGAGCUUGGAAGACGAGCGGACCUGCCCUGGGAAAAUCCUCAAACCUCCCAAAACCACAAUUCAAUCCUUCAGACAGCCGCCCGCGACGAAAUCAUCGCCUGCGGCGGAAGUAUUUCACAUCAUCACGGAGUCGGAAAAUUGCGUAAACAAUGGAUGUUGACAACGAACGGUGCCGUCGGAAUUGCUCUUCUCAAAGCCAUCAAAAGUGAAUUGGAUCCGGCGAAUGUGUUUGCGAGCGCGAAUCUUAUUGAUAUUAUUGGAUCGCCUCAUUCGAAACUUUAA